AUGCUUACGUCGAGCCUCCUCUCUAUUUUGAUGGUCGCUGGCCUGGUCAUAGCAUCUCCCGUCACUCACAAAGUCAAGCGCACUCUCGCUCACGACGAAGUUAUUGUUUACGGCCAAGGAAAGGCCAGUGUCAUUAAGAGAGCCGAAUUCGACGAUUACUUAGCCCAAAAAGACCUACUCGCCGCCCCAGACGCCUUGCCGGCUGACAUCCUUGCUAAGAGAUACGAGGGUAACACCACUGAGUCACACCAAAUUCCGGUGAGCCCAGGAUGCACCGAGCACGUAGUCUUCACUCCCGGCCCAGUCCUGAGAUUCAUUGGUCCGGACGUUCCCAUGUCCUCGGUCCUCCGCGCCGAAUACGCAGACGCCUUCCUCGCAGUUUCUGAAGGAUACUCCAUCGCAAACACGUUCGGUGCUACCGGUACUCUUGAAACCUCACUUCUUAUUAAAGGACUUUCAAUUGCGUUGACGGUUAGUUUUACAAAGACAUGGACGACUUCCUACUCCUCCGAAUUUCGUUUUAUUGUGCCAGAGGGCAUCUACGCCGGUGUUGUCUCUAACCCAGUGACUACCCGCUACACCGGAUCCGUCGACGUUGGAUGCAUAGGAGCUCAACGGCGUGAAAGCUGGCAGGCAGAUACCUAUACCGACAAGGGAUACGGUGGACUCGCCUGGGUUGAGGGAAUAAUCGGCAUUUGCACUAGCACCACCUACCCAGUGCACAAAUGUAUCGGCGAGGGUACACUUUAG